UGAUUAAAUCAAAAGGGCCUAAAUUGGGUCCCAUAAUUCAUCUCUAAUGCCUUUAAAUUAAUUCCUCAUUGCUUUCUCCCAUUUCCUCAAAUCAUAGCUAGCAUCAAAGAAAAUGGGAGCACUCGUGGUGGUGUUCUUCCUCGCCUUGUUGUCCUGCAACAUUCCCAGCUCUUCUUCUCGUACAUUGCCUUCAAAAUCAACUGCUGCUGCUGCUGCUGCUGUCGAAGACCCUGAAUUAGUGGUACAAGAAGUACAAAGGAGUUUGAACGUGUCGCGGCGGGAAUUGGGGUACUUGUCGUGCAAGACCGGGAACCCGAUCGACGACUGCUGGCGGUGCGACCCGCAGUGGGCCAAGAACCGGCAGCGGCUGGCGGACUGCGCGAUCGGAUUCGGGAAGAACGCGAUAGGCGGCCGAGACGGUGACAUCUACGUGGUGACCGACAGCGGCGACGACGACCCGGUGGACCCCAAGCCGGGGACGCUGCGGUACGCGGUGAUCCGCGAGGAGCCGCUCUGGAUCGUCUUCGACCACGACAUGACCAUCACGCUCAAGGAGGAGCUGAUGAUGAACUCGUACAAGACUCUCGACGGCCGCGGCGCCAACGUGCACAUAGCCGGCGGGCCGUGCAUCACGGUGCAGUACGUGAGCAACGUGAUCAUCCACGGACUGCACAUCCACGACUGCAAGCAGGGCGGGAACGCGUACGUGCGCGACUCCCCGGGGCACUACGGGUGGCGCACUCUGUCGGACGGCGACGGCGUGUCCAUCUUCGGCGGCGCCCACGUGUGGGUCGACCACUGCACGCUGUCGAGCUGCCGCGACGGACUGAUCGACGCCAUCCACGGCUCCACCGCCAUCACCAUCUCCAACAACUACUUCAGCAACCACGACAAGGUGAUGCUGCUCGGCCACAGCGACGAGCUCGCCGCCGACAAGAGCAUGCAGGUCACCAUCGCCUUCAACCACUUCGGGGAGGGCCUCGUGCAGAGGAUGCCAAGGUGCCGCCUUGGCUACUUCCACGUCGUGAACAACGAUUACACGCAUUGGGAGAUGUACGCCAUCGGGGGGAGCGCGGCGCCGACCAUUAACAGCCAAGGAAACAGGUUCCUUGCGCCCGACGACCGCUUCUCGAAGGAGGUGACCAAGCGCGAGGAGGCGACGGAGGGCGAGUGGAAGAAGUGGAAUUGGAGGUCGGAAGGGGAUCUGAUGCUGAACGGAGCCUUCUUCACGCAGUCAGGCGCAGGAGCGUCGUCGAGCUACUCGAAAGCGUCGAGCUUGGGCGCACGGUCGUCGUCCGUGGUCGACGUUAUAACGGCGGCGGCCGGCACGCUGUCAUGCAAGAAAGGUUCCCGUUGUUGAUUAAUUAAGAUAAUUAUUAAUUAAUUAAUUAAUUAGUGGGUAAACAACAAUUAAGGCUGAGAGAUAAAUCAUAUAGGAGUUAAUUUACUGUACUCUAUAAUGGCACCUAUCUCGGCCUGUGAACUGAACCGAACCGGUUGUGUUGAAGAGAACUCAUGUGGUUCAGAAACUCCAAGUGCUGUAUGUUGAUAUAAAUAUAUAGUUGAAUCUUAUUUAUCUUGGCAUUCGGCAGAAUGCUCAUUAUUUUUCA